AUGCGCCAAGCAGAUACUGAUGGUGAUGGAAAGAUUUCAUUCACCGAGUUUGUCAGUAUAACGAACCAACGGCUAUUUUGUCGUGGGAACCUGACAGCAGCUUUUGAUACUUUCGACGAAAACCAAGACGGAUUUAUCUCCAGCAAUGAGCUAGAGCAUAUUUUACAUGUACUUGGCAAUAAGCGCAUGAGCCAUGAAGAAAUUUGUAAACUGAUCGAAUCAGCUGACAAAAAUGAGGAUGGAAAGAUUGACUACAACGAGUUCUGCGCUUUGAUGCAAGAGACGAAGAAUUAA